AGCGAUGUAGGAUCCGCGAGGCCGUUCCCCGCCCUGCCCGGCCCGAGUCCCGCGGGCCGCCGCUGCCGCAGCCAUGAAGAAGCAGUUCAACCGCAUGAAGCAGCUGGCCAACCAGACCGUGGGCAGAGCUGAAAAAACAGAAGUCCUCAAUGAAGAUCUCCUACAGAUCGAGCGACGACUGGACAUGGUGAGGUCCAUGUGCCACCAGUCUCAUAAGCGUUUGAUGGCAUGCUUCCAGGGCCAGCAUGGCACAGAUGCUGAGAGGAGACAUAAAAAACUUCCUGUGACGGCUCUCGCUCAGAAUCUGCAGGAAGCGUCUGCCCAGCUAGAAGACUGUCUGCUGGGGAAGAUGCUGGAGACAUGCGGGGAUGCUGAGAAUCAGCUGGCUCUGGAGCUGUCUCAGCAUGAAGUCUUUGUUGAGAAGGAGAUUGUGGAUCCUCUCUACGGCAUAGCAGAGGUGGAGAUUCCUAACAUCCAAAAACAGAGGAAACAGCUCGCCAAGUUGGUGUUGGACUGGGAUUCUGUCCGAGCUAGAUGGAACCAAGCACACAAGUCUUCAGGAGCCAACUUUCAGGGACUUCCAUCCAAAAUAGAUACUCUAAAGGAAGAGAUGGAUGAAGCUGGAAAUAAAGUAGAACAGUGCAAGGAUCAACUUGCAGCAGACAUGUACAGCUUCAUGGCCAAAGAAGGAGAGUACGGAAGAUUCUUUGUAACGGUCUGUUCUCAGUUAUUAGAAGCCCAAGCAGAUUACCAUAGAAAAGCAUUAGCAGUCUUAGAAAAGGCCCUUCCCGAAAUGCGAGCCCAUCAAGAUAAGUGGGCAGAGAAGCCAGCCUUUGGGACGCCUCUGGAAGAACACCUGAAGAGGAGUGGGCGUGAGAUUGCACUCCCUAUUGAGGCCUGUGUCAUGCUGCUCCUGGAGACAGGCAUGAAGGAGGAGGGCCUUUUCAGAAUUGGGGCCGGAGCCUCCAAGUUAAAGAAGUUGAAAGCUGCUUUGGACUGCUCCACUUCUCACCUUGAUGAGUUCUAUUCAGACCCCCAUGCUGUAGCAGGUGCUUUGAAGUCCUAUUUGCGGGAAUUGCCUGAACCCUUGAUGACUUUUAACCUGUAUGAAGAAUGGACACAAGUUGCAAGUGUGCAGGAUCAAGACAAAAAACUUCAAGAUUUAUGGAGAACAUGUCAGAAGUUGCCACCACACAAUUUUGUUAACUUUAGGUAUUUAAUCAAGUUCCUUGCAAAGCUUGCCCAGACCAGUGACGUGAAUAAAAUGACUCCCAGCAACAUAGCAAUUGUGUUGGGUCCUAACUUGUUAUGGGCCAAACAUGAAGGAACGCUGGCUGAAAUGGCAGCAGCCACAUCUGUUCACGUGGUCGCAGUGAUUGAGCCCAUCAUCCAGCAUGCUGACUGGUUCUUCCCUGAAGAGGUGGAAUUCAAUGUAUCUGAAGCAUUUGUACCUCUCUCCACCCCAAAUUCCAAUCAUUCCUCCCACACUGGAAAUGACUCUGACUCGGGGACCCUGGAGAGGAAGCGGCCUGCCAGCAUGGCAGUGAUGGAAGGGGACUUGGUGAAGAAGGAGAGCUUUGGUGUGAAGCUUAUGGACUUCCAGGCCCACCGGCGGGGUGGCACUCUAAAUAGAAAGCACAUGUCCCCUGCUUUCCAGCCACCACUCCCACCCACAGAUGGCAGCACCUUGGCUUCAGCAGGCUCAGAGCCCCCUCCCCAGAGUGCUAGGGCUGACAGCAGCUCAGGGGUUGGGCCAGUUGCCUCCUCUGCGGGCAUAUUGGAACAGGGGCCAAGCCCAGGCGACAGCAGUCCUCCAAAACCCAAGGACACUACAUCUGCAGCUGCCCCUGCACCAGGGAAAAGUAGCAAUCAGACGAGCACUGGCCAAAACCAGGCCCAGGCAGGUGGUGGCUCCCAUCAGCUCUUGGUGGGCCCAGCUCACAAUGCUGCCGGCCCCAGCCCUCACACUCUUCGCCGUGCUGUGAAGAAACCUGCUCCAGCACCGCCCAAGCCUGGAAACCCACCCCCUGGCCACCCUGGGGUCCAGAGUUCUCCAGGAAUGACCCAGGUUCCCCCCAGCCUGUCUCCCAAGCCACAGGUUCGAAGUCCAUCUCCACCCCCACCGCAGGCCUGCCCUGGCCCCAUUGUAAAUGUGCAGCCCCCAGCCCCACGGCGCUCCUCUGGCAGCCUGCCUCCCAUCCAAGCGCCCAGCCACCCGCCGCCGCAGCCGCCCAUGGCCAUGCAGGCCGUACCACCUGCCAAGGCUCUGGGAGAGCAUGGAUCAGAGCCACCCGCCCCCACCCCACCCCAGACCCCCACACCACCCAGCACCCCGCCCCUGGCCAAGCAGAGCCCGGCUGUGAGCAGCGACCCUGGGCAGCUGCAGCUGCACUCCGGAGCUUUCCCUAGACCCCGGCCAGUCCCCAAGCCUCGCAACCGGCCCAGCAUGCCGCCGCCUCCACAUCCUCCUAGCACCCAUGCAGCCGGGGACAGUGGCCUCGCCCCUGCAGCACCCACGGCCUCCAAAAUCGUUACUGAUACCAAUUCUAGGGUUUCAGAACCGCUUCGCAGCUUCUUUCCUGAAAUACAUUCAGACUCAACAAGCAAAGACGUACCUGGACACAUUCUGCUGGAUAUAGACAAUGACACAGAGAGCACUGCCUUGUGAAGAAAGCCACCUGCCAGCCCUUAGUCCCUUCACCCAGGUGAAUGGAACUGGGGUAGGCAAGCCUCUAUCUUUGCAGACCAAACAGUGAAAAGCUUUCAGUGAGGGAGCUGAACAAAGGCCUGGCCAUACAGGACUAGGCUUCCCAUGUGGCCCAAGGAGAAUGUGAAGGCCAGCACUCAAAGCUGAAUGACCUGUGUUGUGAAGAAGUUGGCUUUCUUUACCUGGGAUGGAAAUGAUGCCAAAAAUAAUCAAAAAAGGAAGGAAGGAGAAGGGAGAAAGAGAGGAAGAAAGAAAAGAAAAGAAAAACCUACAGCAGAAAGAAUAUUAACUGAAAAGAAACACCUACAGUGGAAGGACUAUUACUCUGAGGAAUGUGUAGGAAGCUUCCAUUGGUGCUGUAUUGCAGGCAGCACCACACAGUUUGAAAUGGGUGAGAAAUGGUGUGCUAUUUAAUAAAGCACAUUAAUCAUGCAAGUUCCUAUUUCUUGCUACUUGGAUUCUCAUUCUCGUGUAUCAAGAGGGAGAGUCUGUUCCUUCAGACUUGCUGCAGAAUCAUUUUGUAUUAAACAUGGUCCGUGUCUGUCCCCCUCCCCUCCCCUCCCCCAGCCUGAAGCCUUGAGCAUGGGUGACUGCUGGAUCUGUCGCCUCAUCAAACUGGAUGUGACCUGUGCCUUGUGGAUUGCCUGAAUGUAGGAAGAAAUGUACUGUUCUUUUGUUGUUGUUGUUCUAAAACAAAACAAAACAGUAUGGUUGCUAUUUCAUAAGGACCGAAUGUUAUUCUAGUUUCAUGUUUAAUUUGAAUUAAAUAUAUUCUGUGGUUUAUAUGAAAA